UGACGUAAUCUUUCCUUAGCUUUGACAACAAGCAGAAGGGGAAACGAGCUGUUCAAACGUCGACCAACCUAGUUGCCUACAUUGUCAGUAGGGUACUGUAGUCAUAUUAUUCACGGCAGAACAUACUGAAUUUUCGACGAUCCUUUAGGAACAAACUACGAUUCCGAAAAUCGCUAAACUCGCUAGCGAAAGGGGGUGUCGUUUAAUAAGAAGAGGGGAUUUCUGUGACGAGUCCACGAUGAAUCCCGAAUAUGACUAUUUAUUCAAGCUGCUCCUGAUCGGUGACUCUGGUGUCGGAAAGUCAUGUCUUCUACUCCGAUUCGCAGAUGACACAUACACAGAAAGCUACAUAAGCACAAUCGGAGUGGACUUCAAAAUACGAACUAUAGAAUUAGAUGGAAAGACCAUUAAACUUCAAAUCUGGGACACGGCGGGACAGGAGAGGUUUCGCACGAUCACAUCCAGCUACUACAGAGGAGCCCACGGCAUCAUCGUAGUCUACGACGUCACAGACCAGGAGUCCUUCAACAAUGUAAAGCAGUGGCUACAGGAAAUCGACCGCUACGCCAGUGAAAAUGUCAACAAGCUAUUGGUGGGGAACAAGUGUGACCUGACCACAAAGAAAGUGGUGGAUUACACAACAGCAAAGGAGUUUGCAGACUCCCUGGGGAUCCCGUUCUUAGAAACGAGUGCCAAGAGCGCCACCAAUGUGGAGCAGGCCUUCAUGACCAUGGCUGCUGAGAUCAAGAAGAGGAUGGGCCCCGGGGCCACGAACGGAGGCAACGAGAAGUCCAAUGUCAAGAUCCAGAGUACGCCUGUCAAACCUGACUCGGGGUCCUGCUGCUGAGCGAGAACCCCACCACCCACCAACACCUCUACCCCCACCUCAAGCACCCCACUCUGGCCUGUCAGCCCCCUCCACCUGGCCCCAUUCUUCACCAUGCCCCACCUACCUAGCCUAACAGUAACCGAGAGAGGGAGAGUCCGAUAGAGAUUGUGUGUCAGAUGGACAGCCCCUCACUGGCCCCCUCCUGGUGAGGCUUUACCACACACCCUUCCCCGGACCUCCUCAGAGACAACUGAUUUCGUUUGCCCCCGCAGUUAACGCCCCCCCGUUGUGUGCAGGUUUAUGAGAAUAAUGUGUCUGUGUAUCUCACUGCAUUCCUACUUCAGGGUUGGUCUGUGGUCAAAUUCAAUUCUAUUUUUUGUUCUUCUGUCCCCCUCUUUUUUUUUUUUCUUCGCUUUUGUUUCCUGUUGGUUGUUUUGCUGUUUGUAUCAGCAUGUCUCUCUUUAAGGUGUUUAUUCGCCAAUAUGCGUGUCAGCCAACUGCACAAGUCUCACUGUCUCACGAAAAAGUACUGAAAAAUGUGUAUGUAUGAUCUGAUUUGCUAGUUCUUUAGACUUCAUUACUUAAUCUCUGAAUUAAAUUUGUGGCUGCUCAACAUGUCAGAUUUAAACAAAAAUAAUAAAUAUUGUACUUCCAGACUGUAUGAUACAAAGAUCUGUCUGUGAUUCUUGGUGGAAUAUGUAGAAAAUGUGUUUUAUUUGUUCUACAUUUAUGGCAAAUAUAUUGCACCAGUAAUUUAAUAUUGGUUUGCAAAUUGGCCAUUACCUGUGGAAUAUUUCCGUUCAGAAUUGCAUAUAUAAAACACUAGGUUCUUUUUUCAUAAUAAAGGCAACUGAAUACAGUUUUAAAAGAA